AUGGCGUCUUCCACGAAAAACGUGAAAGCGUCUGCUAAAGAUGACUUAAAACAACAAGAAAUCACUCAAGCUGUCAUAAUUGCUGACAAUUUCGAUAAAAAGUUCUAUCCUUUAACAUAUGAAAAGCCAGCUGUUCUUCUGCCACUUGUAAAUGUUACUUUGUUGGAUUACGUUCUUCAUUCCUUGAGGGAGUGUGGAAUUCAAGAAGCAUAUGUAUUUUGUUGCUCUCAUAAUCAACAAAUUAGGAGCUAUGUGAGCUCUUCCAAGUGGUCCAGAGAUGAGUCACCUAUGUCUGUGGUUGUAAUUAGCUCAGCUAGUUUUAUGUCUAUGGGAGAUAUUUUACGAGAAUUGGAUUCCAAGGCUCUUAUUCGUAAUGAUUUUAUACUCAUCAAAGGUGAUGUUAUAACAACGUUUCCUCUGUGCAGCAUAUUAGAAGAACACCGGAAAAGAAGGCAGUCCGAUAAAUCUUGUGCCCUUACAUUAGUAUACCGAAAUGCCCUGCCAAAGCACAAGACAAGGUGCAAAGAACAUGAUUUUCUAGUUGUGGUAGAAUCUGCGUCUAAGAAAAUACGCUAUUAUCAAAGGAUUAAUGCAAAUAAAACAGUAAAUGUGCCUUUGGAAGUAUUUCAAGAAAAUGAAGAAAUUACAGUUCACUAUGACCUUCUAGACACACAUAUAUCUAUUUGUUCUCCUUGUGUUCCUCCACUGUUUUCUGACAAUUUUGACUACCAAAAUCUUGAUGAUUUUGUCAAAGGACUAAUAGUCAAUGAAGAGCUUUUAGGGAAUUCAAUGUACAUUCAUAUCACUCAAUCUGGUUAUGGUGCUAGUAUAUCAAAUUUGUACAUGUAUGAUAUUGUCAGCCAGGAUAUUUUAAAUCGGUGGGCCUAUCCUAUCGUCCCAGAUGUAGUAGAAUUGAAUGGAUCGAAGUACUCCUAUUACAGGCACAAUAUUUAUAAACAACCUGGUGUUGAAAUCGGAAAGAACUGUAUAUUGAAACAAAAUGUUGCAAUUAAAGGUGGAACAAAAAUAGGUGAAAACACUGUGAUUUCUCAUUCAGUCAUUGGGGAAAAUUGCAUCAUAGGGAACAAUGUGGAAAUCAAAGGCUGCUACAUAUGGAAUAAUGUACAGAUAGGAGAUGGUUGCAAGUUAGAAACUUGCCUUUUAGCAGAUAAUGUUAUGAUACAUAAGAACGUGCUUAUUAAACCUGGGUGUGUUAUCGGUAGUGAGGUUGUUAUUAGCGAGAGUGUUUCUGUUCCUGCAUGUACAAAGUUACAGUCUCGUGAAUUCAAUGAGAAUGAUGAUUUUGGUGAAGAUGAUUUUCCUGAAGAAACAAAAGCAGAAGAUAAACCUUGUGAUGUAAAAUUAGUAGGAGAAAAUGGACAUGGCUAUCUAUAUUCCCUAUCAAAUGAUAGUGACGAAGAAGAUAAUGAUUUAAUAGAAGAUGUGUGGGGCAAAACAGAUGAAGAAAAUGAUUUAGAAGAUGAAGAAACUGUAGAUUCAUCAAGCUCUGUGAUAUUGAGUCCAGGAGGGAAUCUUUCUGAAGACAGUGAUGGUCCUGCAGAUGACUAUGACGAAGAUGCCACCUUAUUUUACUCAGAAGUUUUUGAAAGCUUGCAAAGGGGCGUUGAAGAAAAAAUAAAAGCUGAAAAUAUGAUUUUAGAAAUCAAUUCUUCAAAACAUGCUUAUAAUGUAACCAUGAAAGAAGUGAACACUUUGCUCAUAAAAGCUAUUCUGAAAUUGCCAUUAAACACUGGAGAAACUUUAACAGCACAGCAGUAUUUAGCAGCAACAAAAAAGAAUUUAACUUUCUUCCAGCCAUUGAUUUUAAAUUACAUUAGAAGUUCUGAAUCACAGCUUGAUUGUUUAUCAUCUGUAGAGGACUUCAUGAAAAAUAAUGAUGAGUUAGCUCCAGCUGUGACAAAAGUUCUUCAUUUCUGGUAUGAAUCUGAUGUUCUGAAUGAACCUGUUAUACUUAAAUGGUUUAACAAUCUUACUGACGAAAGUGAUAAAAUUAGAAAACAGGCUGGUGCUUUUAUUAAUUGGCUUCAAGAAGCUGAUGAAGAGUCUGAUUAAUACUGUACAUAUAAUUUUAGUUAAUAAAUAUUUAUUUUUACAGCGAUGUUGUGUACAUUUUGAACUCCAAUUGAAGAGCUUC